GAGAUUUCCUUUCCAACAAUACUUCUGAAGCACAGAUAAAAUGGCUUCCUGUCUGACAGUUUCCUGUAUCCAUGGCAACCUCACUUUAACUACUUCUUACUUAGUUUCCUGAAUGAACAGUUGAAAAUCCGGGGGCAAAAUGUGAGAGUUGUAGAACACAGCAGUAUCACUUUUCCAAGCGUUUCGCAGAUGAGUAUACUCAGCUGAUAACAGCCUAACAAACUGCAAAACAACGAAAUAACAAAUAAUGACCAUCAGAUUUGGGCAAAGUCAGAGAUGAGUGAGAAGGCCAAAGACAGGGAUAUGUGUGGACUACAAAGUUUUCCACCCUGCACAGGAGCAUUCCUGCAUCUCCUUAGCGGUUUUCUUUUGUUGCUGCUCCAGAAGGAGGUUCUUGGCUGUCCAGCUGUUUGCCAGCUCUGCACAGGGAGGCAAGUUACCUGUCGUAACUUGGGUCUUUCAAGCAUCCCUCGGAACUUCCCCAAAACUACAAUUCUUGUGUACUUCAGUGGGAAUAAUAUAUCACAUGUCAUUCCAAAUGAAUUAACAGGCCUUCAGAAACUUGCUGCACUUUACAUGGAUAAUUCCAGUAUUUCAUAUGUACACCCAAAAGCUUUUGUGGACCUUCCUAAACUGUGCUACUUGCAUCUAAAUAACAAUAAUAUUAAACGCCUGGAUCCAGGAAUUUUUGAAGGUCUUUCCAAUCUUCAUUAUUUAUACCUUCAGAAUAAUCAAAUAGCUUUUGUUCCCAGAGGAUUAUUUAGUGAUCUCCUUUCUGUUAGAUAUUUAGCACUUCAAGGAAAUUGUCUCAGCGUCCUUGGAAGUGGAACUUUCUUGGGAAUGAGAAAUCUUCAAACACUUAACCUAGCCAAUAAUAAGAUUUCGCGGAUAUCAGAUGCAGCAUUUUGUCAUCUUGAAAAUCUUGUAUACUUGUUCCUUGAAGGUAAUAAUUUAACACUUGUGCCAUCAAAUGCCAUUGGAAGGCUCGGAAAUCUUGAAAGACUUUCUUUAUCUCACAAUCCUAUUAGAUCAAUACAGUGCUUUGCAUUUAAAGGACUUAACAAGCUUAGAUAUCUGUCUUUAAAAAGUGUACAGCUAAAACAUAUUGCUGUAAAUGGAUUUUUUGGAUUAAGCAAUCUUAGCCAGUUAAUCUUAAGUUAUAAUUAUUUAGAAAAUAUAAAUUCCAGUACUUUUACUUCUUUGAACAGUUUAAAGUAUCUGCAGUUAGAUCGAAAUAAAAUAACCAGUAUUGGUAAUGGUAUCUUUGAAAAAAUGGGACAGUCACUUAAAAUUCUCAAUUUAGCAUUUAAUAAUAUUACAGAAUUGCAGCCUGAAGUGCUCAAGCCCUUAGUGUCUUUAACUCACCUACAUGUAAAUUUUAAUCCUUGGAACUGUAGCUGCAAAAUGCUUGGGUUACUUAAAUGGCUGGCAUCAUCUCCCAUUUCUGUUAAAAUUCUUUGUCAGAAUCCCAUCAGCAUGCGUGGCAGACCUUUGCAUUACAUCAGAUGGACUCAGUUUGCAAACUGCAGUAGCCUUACCGCCAGCCCAGAAGCAGCCUGGAAUCUGGAAUCUGCAGAUAUCCAUCACAGCCCUACCACUUUGCUGAUGGCAUGGCAUAAGGGAAACAGUCGCAACCCAUUUGAGCAGUUUAUUAAGGCAAAUACAAAGUACAGUGCUCUCUGGGAAGGAACUGGAGCUACAUUUGCUAGCCCUUUCCCUUACGGAGAAAAUGCUGCUGGAACUCUUUCACAGGCACCUACAAUACUGUCAGUUUUACCAGUACAAAUACCAGCACAAAUUAUUCCUGUUACCAGAACCAUAGAAGCAAAAAGUUUGUUUCCAACAGAUGCUGCUCCUGUAUCAUUACAGACAUCCAUACUUUGUACACAACAGGUUGAAAAGCUGAAUCAGGCCUUUGAUGUUUUGCUAGCCUUUUUCGUUCUGGCUUGUGCUGUGAUCUUGUUCCUAACCUACAAAAUCAUUCACUUUAGACAGAAACUAAAGGUGCUGGAAAACUCAGGGGAGAAGAGAAUAGAAUAUUACGGUUUUUAUCAACCUGGCAGAUACAACAUAAAUGAUGCAGUGCAGUCUCUAAGUGAGAGUUCAGUGGGAGAUUCAGAACUGGACCAAAUUAGGCUGCUAAAGCGAACAGCUUCUGAAAGUCAGGCACAGGUCAUAUUGUUUGAACAUUCAUCAUUGUAAUUUACCUCAGUUGAUUUGAUGUUAAUUUUAUUGCAAUCUGAAAUGUCAAGAAGUCAAGAAUUCGAUUUUCUAAAAAAUUUUUCCACUGAUUAGAAUCAGCUGGUUGAUAGAAUUGUGGAAAAUAGUAUAAUUUGCAUUAUUAUUUGCUUUCUCAGUGUUCUAAAGUUCAUUGAUUUUUAUUAAAUGUCAUUUAAACCUGAUAUGGAUUACCUAUGUUCCUGUUGUAGAAUUCUUUCACUUGUAACGCAAGUAUGUGUUCAGUGGAAAGAAUGUUCAUAUUAUUUAUUUUGCAGUACUUAUGGAUAUUAAGUUUUUGUAGAAAUUACACAGCUAACUUGAAAUUGAAGGUAACUGUAGCAAGAUCAUGAAGCCAAGAAACCUGGGGGAAUGAAAAGAGAACAAUGCUUAAUGUAUUUAUUGCGUACCCAGUUUCUGUUCUGCCUCAGUUAAUCAUCACAGUUAAAGAAUGAACAUAUUUACAGCUAGUAUGUUGAAACUCAUGAUGGAAAAAAAAAUGAUAAUGAUUUUGUUCACAUCUCACAUUUUAACAUAAAGAUUUGUGUACUCAGCCUGUAUAACAAAUAUAUUAAAAUGUGAUUUUUUUAAUAGUAUGCAUCUGUAUCAUUUUAUGCUCAUAACUUAUUAGGGGUUAAUAUGGAAGCUAAAUAGCUAUUGGAUUCAAAAAUUGAUAAAGUUUAUAAUAUCUUGGAUAAUUGAAUUGGUUAAUUGUUGUCUGUAAAAAGAUAUUCUUGUUUAUAUAAUGAAGUUUGAGGGAGUCUUUGGCCAGGUGAGAGGUAUAAACUGAUGAAAUCUACUGACGAUACUUAAGUAUUUGUAUAUUUUGAAGUGUUAGGUCAAAAUAUGUUUUCUUAGAGAAGACUAAACUCUAAGAUUGUGCUUGAAAUGAUGAAUAUUAAAUGCAAACUACAUGGUUUGGAUGUUUUAACUUUUUCAUUUUUAUUUAGAAUACUGAUGUUCUGUUUACGUUAUUGUUAGGUUACAUCUAGUGUAUUGUGAGUUUAUUUUCAGCUUGAAUUUCUGUGAAUUUUUUUCUUGUUAAUCCAAUAAUUCAAGCUUUAGGCAGGAAAAAGUUAUAGAAAUAGGUUACAAAUGGUCCAAUCCUGUAAGAAUUUCAACUAGCUGGAUGGGAUUUACUUUUUGUAGAUACUGCUCAUCUUCUACAAGUAUGUAUCCUAGAGACUUCAGUUACUUGGUUUAUCUGCAGCUCAAUUUUCAGGUACAUCGUUUUGCACAGGGAAAAAUGCAUAACAGUGUUUUGAUAGCCAUAAUGUUGAUUCAGCUUCAUACUUGCACAGAAAUAUCUUACGCUCCCAAGAUCUAGCAUGGAGACCUGAGUGUUCUUUAAAUGUGUAGGAUGCUGUAGGGUUUCUGGCUCCAGCCAGCCUUCUGCCAGCAUCACUAAUGUGCAUGGUCAUGUUGUUGCGCUCCCUAUCAUCCUGUUUGUCCGUUUCCCUUGCAUUUCCAGGAAUGACAAGAUAUUUUCUUCUGCCUGUACAAAUGUAGACCUCGACUAUACGAUUAUGGGUGUGAAUGUGGAAGUCUACCCUACGUGCCUCUGUUGUUGCUUGCUACAUCUUUCUACUGGAUGUAACAAAAUAUAAGUUUCAUUGAGAUUUACUUUCAUUGUAUCAUAAUGCUAUAUUUUACUCUAAUGUAUAAUAGAUUAAAUGUUUCUGUCUGAUGGAACACUUAAUUCUGCUAGUUGGGCAAAGGCUUAAACUGUUUUGAGUUUCAUGACUAGAAACUUAAGUUUUACUUACACUUUUAUAGCCAUAGAUAUUAAAUGUUAUGUGCAAGUUU